GGGGAAGAUUGUUUAACAGGGCAGGGAGGGUUUCUUCACAGGCUUCUUCGCAGGAGGGCAGGGCCAGGGCAGGGCCAGGGGGAGCCCACCCAAGAGCCCAUGAGCCACUUUGUCCCUACCUUUGGGCCUGCUGCAUCUAGAGAGACCACCUGGGAGGCCCCAGCCCCUCCAAGAACCAGCAGGCUGGCCUCCCUCAGCUGCCGGCCCAGGGGGUUGGCUGGCUGGGGUCCAGGACCCAAAGCACCAGCUGGAACGUCUCAUCUUCUCUACUGACGCAGGGACGUGGGAGCCUUGAACCCUCAGGCUAACAGUGACCCCAAGCCACUCCUCACCUGGACAAGAUGAGAGUGUCAGGUGUGCUUCGCUUCCUGGCCCUCGUCUUUGCCCUGGUCUCCACAUGGGUCUUUAUUCGCAGCUACAUCAGCUUAAACGCGAAAACUAUCCGUCUGCCCCGCUGGCUGAGUUUGGUCACCAAGGAGAUCCCAGUCGUGAGGGCCAAGUGUGGCCUCGCUAAGCCCUGCCCAAAAGAGUUCUUCGCCUUCAAAAUCAGCAGCGGGGCUGCUAACGUCGUGGGCCCCACCAUAUGCUUCGAAAACCAGGUGAUCAUGAGUCCUGUGAAAAACAACGUGGGCAGAGGCCUGAAUAUUGCCCUGGUGAACGGAACCACAGGAAUGGUGCUAACACAGAAAUGCUUCGACAUGUACUCCGGAGAAGUGAAGCUGCUGGUGAAAUUCCUUAAAGAAAUUCCAGAGGGCGCACUCGUGCUGGUGGCUUCCUAUGACGACCCAGGAACCAGACUGAAUGAUGAGACCAGGAAGCUCCUCUCCAGCCUGGGCAGUUCUUACGCAAAGCAGCUGGGCUUCAGAGAUAGCUGGGUCUUUUUAGGAGCCAAAGACCUCAAGGACAAAAGCCCCUUUGAGCAGUUCUUAAAGAACAACCCAGACACAAACAAGUACGAGGGCUGGCCGGAGCUGCUGGAGCUGGAAGGCUGUGUUCCCCGAAAGAUACCGUAGGGUAGCUGUGGACCAAAGAAGCUCCUGGCUACUCUAGGAGUCAGAGCUGGCUGCGGCGACGAGAAGGGGGCCAAGAGGCCUGUGGAAAGUGCUGGGGGAAUCCCCUUGCACUGUGCACCUCCCCUGUUUGGAAGCAGACCCCUCUCAUGGGCUGAGGCGGCUCACCCAAGGUGGCCAGACUCAGGGAUCCUUCCAGAGCCCGUCUGCUCUGGAGAGAACAGGCUGGCUGUCACUCCCGAGGAAGGACAGACUGCCCAUACCUGCGGCGCACAAUUAAAUUUUAUUUUUGCUGACUUUGAAUGAA